AUGUCCCCGAUAAUGGAAUGGGGUGCGCGUUUCAAGAUGCUCUUAGCGCUUAUGCGAUAUGAUGUUGGAUAUUGUGCGCCUGUUGAGCGCCGCAACAAGUGCUGCAUCGAUCACGGUGACGCACAUCCCCCUCCACACCGCCCGUCCCCCGCAGCCGCGCGCCCUCCAUCGAUAACCCGCCCCGCCCGGAGCGGCGAGCCCAAAGUG